AUGAACGUAUUGGUUUACAAUGGUCCAGGUACCACACCAGGAUCUGUAAAACACGCUACCGAAUCAUUGCGUGACUUUUUAGAGCCGUACUAUGCUGUCAGUACGGUUACUUCGAAGGUUCUCGAGACAGAACCCUGGAUGGGGAAGACUUCUGCGAUUGUUUUCCCAGGUGGAGCAGAUUUGCCAUACGUUAGAGAAUGCAAACCAAUUAUCCCUAAACUGAAGGAAUUUGUGUCCAAAAAGGGAGGUGUGUUUAUUGGGUUCUGUGCUGGGGGGUAUUUCGGUGGUAGUAGGGUGGAGUUUGCACAAGGUGACUUGGAGUUAGAAGUCACAGGAAAUAGAGAACUCCAAUUAUUUCCUGGUAUAGUAAGAGGCCCUGCGUAUGCAGGCUUUAAAUACAAUAGCGAGGUUGGGGCAAGAGCUACGAAAAUGCAAGUAAACAACGGCACCAUGACCUACAAUUAUAUUAAUGGAGGUGGUGUAUUUGUAGAUGCAGAUUCUAUGCCAAACGUUGAAGUUCUGGCCCAUUUUACAGAACCACUAGACGUUUCCCAUGUACAGAGUGGGCCUACAGACGAUAAUCCUGCAGCCGUUGUCUUGUGUCAUGUGGGAAAGGGGAAGGUUCUACUAACAGGAAGUCAUCCUGAAUUUUUGCCGAAAUUAUUGGCAAAAUCCCCCAACCAUGAUGACAUGAAAAAUAUCAUCGAACUGUUACAAAGCCAUGAGAAGGAAAGAUUGGAUUUCAUGAGGUACAUCUUAACGAAAAUGGGUUUGAACUGUAAUAGGGAUUUCAAUAAUGUAAGGGCGCCAAAUUUGACUCCGAUAGUGGUUGCGUCUUCUCCAAUGAAUACAUCUAAACUCAUUGAAUUUAAAACUUUGCUCCAAAGUAAAUUUCCCAACUCGAAGCAAUUAGAUAAUUCUAUCGAGAUAAAAGAUGCAACAGACUAUUUCCACUUUUUUGAGGGGUUUGAAAGAUGCUACGAAUUGGCUAAAGAUGAAUUGCAUGAUCAGGAUCCUGAAACUGUUGCUAAAGCUGUUGUAUUUAUAAAUGAAAAUGAAGCAUAUCCAAGCAAAGAAACUUUGCAUAAUUUCGAUAUGGAAACAUACUUUAAACAUCUGAAUCCAAAUAACAAUUUGGGUUCCUUGUUGAUGUACAGUGAGGUAGUGACCUCGACAAGCUCACUGCUGAACAACAACAAAACCCUACUCUCUGCAAUUCCCAAGAAUUCUGUCUUACAUGUAGGUACCAUCCAAGUUUCUGGUAGAGGGCGCGGUGGUAAUGUCUGGAUUAAUCCUAAAGGUGUAGCCGCCGCAACUGCAGUUGUAAAUCUACCUUUAAAAUCACCAACUACUCAAGAAAACAUUUCAAUUGUUUUUGUUCAGUAUCUGUCGAUGCUGGCGUACUGUAAGGCAAUUAACUCGUAUCUUCCAGGAUUUGAAGACCUGCCCGUUAGAAUUAAGUGGCCGAACGAUUUGUAUUGCAUGAGCCCAAGUUAUUAUCGUAAUAAUAACAUAAAAUUGUUAGGGAAAGGGCUCAGUAACGAUAAAGUCACCGUCAAUGAUAUUGAGCCUGCAUAUCUGAAGAUCUCCGGUUUGCUAGUCAAUACCCACUUCCUGGAUAACGGCUAUACGCUAUUAUUGGGAUGCGGGAUAAAUGUUAGCACCGAUGGUCCAACUACUUCUUUAAACACAUGGGUGGAUAUUUUGAACAAGGAGAGGGAAGAAGCUGGAUUAGUGAAAUUACCUCAUAUUGACGUGGAGAUACUACAAGCCCUUUAUAUGAAUAAUCUGGAAGUGUUGUUAAAGAUGUUUGUAGAUUACGGCUCCUCCACAAUCUUGCCAGAGUAUUACCGCUAUUGGCUACAUUCUAACCAGAUUGUGACGUUGACAUCUCAUCAAAAUAUCAGGGCAAAAAUCACGGGGAUCACAAGCGAUUACGGUUUGUUAAUAGCAGAAGAAUUAAUGCCGGGGAGCGACUACAAAUUGACAGGUGUGGUAUAUCAUUUGCAACCUGAUGGCAACACGUUCGAUAUAUUUAGAGGAUUGAUUGCCAAAAAAGUGACAUGA